AAACCUUGUUGGUGAGGUGGUUGAAAUCGACUGAGGAGCCAAAGCCAGAAGUGCUAAAUGCCUUUUUUUUUCUGUCGUUGCUCCCGGACCUGAAUGCUGUAGAACUGCGUGGUGUAGACCUGGGUACGGGGAGUCGCGGGGACGCGAAAACUCCCCGGAGCCGCAGUCGCCGCGGGGCGGCCUGGGAAAGUCAGCAGCGCAGUGGCGGGAACCGCGGCCCGGCGGCCCUGGAACCUCCCAGGUCAGAGGAGCUACGGGACUUGGACCCAGGAGGGAAGGGCCCAGGGGUGCGAGCAGUUUCUCUGCUGUUCAGAAGGAAGCCAGCUCUGAAAUUCUGCUUUGAAUGUCUUUGCCUUCUUGUAUUUUAGAUCAUGUGAAAUAAGCCUGUUUUUUAAAAUUGAUCUUAUUGCCAAAAUAUUCUUAUAAAAAUAAUAUAGUAGAAUAUUUUAAUUUAUCUGUCGAUAUUUGCAAACACGGUUCUCGUUGCUAUGAUGGAAAGGAAAAGCUCUUCAAAUUUACACUCAUCCAGGCUAACUUUCGUAUUAUACCUGGGGAGUUUGGGAUUUAUUAUCCCAGGGCAGAGUUUAAAUAUUAGUCAUGAAAGGAAGGGCUGCGUAUUUGAUCGAAUAAAAAUAUAUUUUUUGCGAUUUUUGGUUUUUUGACACAGGGUUUCUCUUUGUAGCUUUGGAGACUGUUCUGGAACUUGCUCUGUAGACCAUGCUGGCCUCCAACUCACAGAGAUCCUCUUGCCUCUGCCUCUUGAGUGCUCGGAUUAAAGGCGCGCUGCACCAACCACCGCCUGACUAUUUUUAUUAUUUAUUUAUUGGUGUAUGACUGUAAACAUUAACAUUUAAAAGUAAAAUUUUCACACUUUAUUAUUUUUCCAUCUGAGACAUAUGCUCUCUGUGGUGUAAGUACACCACUCGGAGAAGAGUCUUCACCAGAUCUUGUGGCACAGGCCUUGAAAUUCCAGUGUUCCAGUGGCAGAGGCAGGUGAAUCUCCUUGUGUUGGAGACCAGCAUAGUGAUUUUCAGGACACCCACAACUACAUGGUGAGGGACUCUGUCUCAAACAAAGAAAAAACAAACAACAAAAAAAGAGGAGGGGGAAAAAGAAAAAGAAGGAAAAGGAUGGAAGGGAAAGGAAACGUGUCCUCUUGUGCUCAUUUCUUAGUGUUGCACCUUGGAGUCUAGAAAGUACAGUAUGUUGUUUGAGAUGUCUGCUCACGGUCUUUUCAGUGAAAAGGCAUUAUGAUCUAGGUGAUGUUGGCAUGUGCCUUUAAUCCCAGCACACGGAGGCGGAGACAGAUGAGUCUCUGAGUUUGAAGCCAGCUUGAUCUACAGAGUGACUUUCAGGACAUCUAGGGUUAAUGAUUGACCAGCCUGACUCCAUCUUAAGGAUAGAAGCCAUUUGUUAUAAGGUCAAAACAAGUUCAUUUCAGUUUGUUUUCUUUUGUUUUUUUGAGUCAGGGUUUCUCAGUAUAGCGGUGGCUGUCCUGGAACUUGCUCCGUGGACCAGACUAACCUCAAAGUCAGAGAUCCACCUGCUUCUGCCUCCUGAGUGCUGGGGUUAAAGGCUUUGUAGUUUGUUUCUGUUUGCUGCCAAAUUCAAGUUGACCAUACUUUAAGCUGUUUCUGGAAUUUGACAUGCUCUCCACCCUAUGGAGUUUGACUUAUGGCAUCAAUGUACCCUGAUAAGAUGUUCUGUCAAAUAAUUGCAAAAUGUUUAGCCAAGUUCCUACUUAGCAAAAGUUCCUCUGGAAAUCCUCCAACCUUUGGAAACCCUCUCAUCCUACAGUUUUGGGUAAUGUAUAAGCCCCACUUUCUCCUGAGUUCAAAAGAAGAAAAGACAUUUUAAUACAGAAUGAUAUUGGAAGUCAUAUUUUAAUAAUUAUGAUAACUCAUUUACAUCUGAAAAAUGUCUACAAUAGUCUUGACUCCUUGGUCUAAGAAAAGCACUCUGACCAUGGACACAUGACAAAACUAUUAACUUUUGGUUCAUACAUUUGCUUUGUUGAGACCCUUUGUUUGUGCUGCUUUGGCCCAGAACUCUCCCUGUAGACCAAGCUGGAUUGGAAAACAGAGUUCCACCCACCCAUUUCUCCCAAAUUCUAGGAAUAAAAGUAUGCACCAACAGGAAGAUUCAAACUGUUUUUUGUUGUUGUUGGGUGUUUUUGUUUUUUUUUUUUUUUUACUUUGUGCUCUAUUGACAACCAGUGGUGUGACUGUGGACUUCUCCCAGGAGGAGGGGCAAUGCCUGGACCCUGCCCUGACUUUGUACAGAGACUGGAUAUUGCAGAAUUACAGCAGUCUGGUUUCUGUGGGCGAGAAUAGUUUGCUUGCAAUCUCCUUUGCUCCUUAGAGUUCCUAGCAAAACUAAUCUCUGUGUGUGUGUGUGUGUGUGUGUGUGACUUGUGUGUUUAUAGAAUCUCACACUUCACAGAGUAAAGUAAAAUCCUCAGAGGAACAAAGAAAAAUUUUCACAAAAUGUUCUCUCUUGUUUUGAGUCCUUUUUUUGGAGGUAUAAGGCUGCCAGCAUUUUUGGUCCAUGAUAACAGAACCUCCCUAGGGUAUGAUUCUCAUCCCAAUGAUUCACUUCCAUUUUCACCUCUGAGAUUUGACUGAGCUGUGAUUGGAAGUGGGAUUCAAGUAACAAUAACUAACAAUGUUUUAUAAUAUUUUCAGUAUUCUGACACUGCACAACAAUUGGAAAAUCGUUUUAUAAUCCUCUAUUUUGUUUUCUCUUCAUGUACUGAGCACAGUACUGUGUUAGAAAUCCAGCUGCUUUCUGAAGAAUCUCUUUCUCAUGUGCAGCGCUCACUGAGCACCAGGACCUGUUCACCUGUGAAACAGAACAAAGAGGCCUGGAAGAUGGAGGGGGGGAGUCAGUGGCUAAGGAUGCAGGUAUUUGGAAGAAUUGGGGAAGGAGUAGAAAAGGAUCAAGUGAAUGUUGAAGUGGGACAUGAAAUCAGUUUUGCCAUGAGUGUUUUGCUAUAUAUAUCAUGUGCAUUCUAGAAUUGUAUUUGUGGACUGAUGGAAGCCACCCUCUGGGGUCUGAGAAUGGAACCUGGGUCAAUAAAGCAGUCACAGACGUUCAUACCCAUUGAGCCAUCUAUCUAGCCCUAUUACGUUUUACUUAUGUGAGUAUCAAUAAUAGAAAAUGGUAUAAGGCUCUUAUAGACAUUUUUAUGUAGAUGAUCUAAAAUCUUGACUUUACAUAAGCAUUUAUUAUUUCUUAGUAACUUUUUCUUUCAUUGCUUUUAAAAUACAGCCUACUCAGUCUGUAUGUUUUCAGGGAUGAACAUUUGGUAUUGGAUAACCAUAUGGUGCACUCUUCUCUAUUUUUCCAGCUCUCAGAAUUCCUUAGUGUUUGACUAGAGUUUAGGCCUAGUGAGCUUUCUCUCUUCCAUCUUAGCAUGUCUCUUAUUAUUGUCCUUGUUCAGCUCAUGUUUAGUCAGCCAGGUUUGUAUGAUUUCAUGCCUGUAGGUUCUCCAUUUCUAGGAGUCACAAUCUCACAGCAAAUAUCUUGUUCCUCUGGCUCUUAAAAUGUUCCCUCUCCUCUUUCUCAGUGAUCCCUGAGCCUGAAGUAAAGGAAUUGUGUUGCUUAUGUGUCAGUGGGGACUGAGCAUCACAAGUCUGCAUUUUGACUGGUUGCGGUUUUCUGUAAUAACCUCCAUGUGUUCAAAAAGAACUUUCCAUGGUUAGGGUGAGGACAACAUUUAUCUAUGUAAGGCAACAAGCCAUCUAUUCUUUGUUCCUGAAAGAAAAACUCAGAGGUGAGAAACAGAAAGAAAUGGCUGAGUCUACAGUUAAUCUGUCCCAGGGUCUGUUUACAUUCUGGGAUGUAGCUGUGGACUUUACCCAAGAAGAGUGGGAAUAUCUGAACUCUGCUCAGAGGACUUUGUACAUUGAUGUGAUGUUGGAGAAUUACAGCAACCUGGUCUCUCUGGAGAACUAUUGCAAAUGUGAUCCUGUCCGUCAACAUGUGAAUAAUGAAAAGGAGUUUUGUCAGUCUAAUGAACUUGGCAACAUGCUUCAUGACCCCUCCACAUGUGCACUUUAUAAAACACAUGGAACUAGAGAAAACUCUAAUAGCUACAGAUGCAGUGAUCACAGGGAUGCCUCUGUUGACUCAUCAAACCCUGAUAGACAUGAAAGCUUGCACACUGGAAAAGAACCUUUUAAAUCUAAAGACUAUGAGAAAUCUCUAAAUUUAGGUUCUAUCAUUACUCAAGAUCACAGACUAUACACUGCAAAGAAGGAACACAGACAGGGAGAAUAUGAUGACUCUUUCUCUUCUGCAUACAGUGUUUUGCAACAAACAAUCUAUGUUGGAGGGACACCACACCAAUGUUUGAAACGCAGGAAAUGUGUCAGUACCACCUCAAGCCUCAUCAUACAUCCGAGAAUUUAUACUGGAAAGAAACCCUACAAGUGCAACAUUUGUGACAAAUCCUAUAAGCAGAGUGCAAGUCUUAAAACACAUCAAAGACUUCAUACUGGGGAGAAACCUUACAAAUGCAAAGAUUGUGGAAAGUCAUUUCGCCUGUUGGUAGUACUUAAAAACCAUCAGAAUAUGCAUACUGGAGAGAAGCCUUACACAUGUAAGGAAUGUGACAAAUCCUUUCCUGUGAAGUCAACUCUUACAAAGCAUCAGAGAAUUCAUACUGGAAAGAAGCCCUACAAGUGCAACGUUUGUGACAAAUCCUUUAGUCAAUGUUCACAUCUUAAAAUACAUCAAAGACUCCAUACUGGGGAAAAACCUUACAAAUGCAAAAAUUGUGAAAAGGCAUUUCAUGACUUAUCAGCACUUAAAAGCCAUCAGAAAAUGUAUACUGGAGAGAAGCCUCACAAAUGUAAGGAAUGUGACAAAUCCUUUGCUCUAAAGUCAACCCUUACAAAGCAUCAGAGAAUUCAUACUGGAGAGAAACCCUACAAAUGCAACAUUUGUGACAAAUCUUUUACUCAGUGCUCAAGUCUGAAAACACAUCAAAGACUCCAUACUGGAGAGAAACCUUACAAAUGCAGAGAAUGUGGAAAGUCAUUUCCUCAGUCCUCAGCACUUAAAAGCCAUCAAAAAAUGCAUUCAAACAAAAGGCAUGCUGGAGAGUAGCUUUACCAAUGCAAUGAGUGUAACAGGUCCUGUAACCACUAUUCAUUAUUAGGAAGGCAGUAGAAAAUUCAUUUUCUAGAGAAAUUAUACAAAGGCAAAGAAUGUUGUAAGUUCUUUCUCAGCUAUCACAUCUUAAAAUGCAUUACAGAAUCCACACAGGUGAGAAACUGUAGAACGGUGAAAUAUGUGACAAAUGCUUUACUAUGACCUCUACUCUUAGAACACAUCAGAAAAUUCAUACUGGAGAGAAAUCUUACAGAUGUAAAGAAUGUGACAAAUCUUUUUCUACGUGUUCAAGUCUUCAAACACAUUAGAAAAUUCAUACUGGAGAGAAAGUUUACAAAUGGCAGAGACUGACAAAUCCUUCAUCCAGCAUUCAAAUCUUACAAUAUAUUACAGAGUUCAUAAUGGAGAUAGACUUGCAUAUGUAGAGAAUGUGAAUUUUUUAAUAAAUGCUCAACUUUUUGAGCACAUCAGAAAAAUACUGGAGAGAAAAAUGCCAUUGUGAAUAUUGUGAUGUAGCAUUUAUCUGGUACUCUCUGCUUAUAAAUCACAACAGUAUACACAAUAGAAACAAAGAUAUGAAAUUUCUGAAAACUUUGAAUGAGGUUUAUAUAUUAGAAAAAUAUCAAAGAAUUUAUAAUAAAAUUCUGCAAAUCAAACUUAAAAGCUUUUUUUAAAAAAAUGUAUAUAGAAAUUUUGACUGCAUGCAUAUAUGCAUUCUGCCUGUAGAGGCCAAAAUGCUAUCAGAUCCCCAAAUCUGGAGCUAUAGGCAGUUGUAAGCUGCUGCCUGCAUGUGUGCAGGAAAUAGAACCCUGAUUCUCUGAAAGAGGAGCCAGAGCUCUAAGACACUAAGCCAUUUCUCAAGCCCCUGAGAAAAGCUAUAAUAAAACAUCUUGUUCAGCCUCUACAAAUUCAUAAUGAUUCCUGUCAUGUUGUGCUCACCUUUAAUCCCAGUACUUCAGACACAGAGGCAGGGGUAUUUGUGUGAGUUCAAGGCUAGCUUGGUCUUCAUAAUAGAUCAGAACAGGCAGAACUGUAUAAACUCUGUAUCCAAAA